AACUGGCGCGGCCCGGAUGUGCAGACCAUCGGUGUCCCCGUCAGGAGUUCUUAGAGUCAGACAAACAGACACAUUUACCCAAAAAGAACAAUAACAUAAUUUGUAUUUUCGGGCGAGAGUAGGCCUGCUGAAUAUUUUAUGAAUUUCUAGCGGGUCUGUUCGGAACCACCAUGAACGCGUCUGCAAACAAUGCUGUUUUCUAAAAUCAGGAAAUGGUUGUCCUCGAAGAAGUUCAAAUGUAAGAAAAAGACAGACAGAGAACUCUCAGAACUUGAGCGUACUGACAAACGCAGCGUGGUACAUCGAGAAGCACAUCAAGACUCCCGAACUGUUCCAGACUCAGGGCUCCACCAGCAAAGUCAACACACUCAUCUAUCAGAUGAGCGUGCCGCGGUUCACUCGAGUCCGGAACGCGAACGUGCAUGACGUCAUCGAGGUGGUGAAGACGUUCCUGGUCCGCCUGCCAGACCCGUUGCUCCCUGAUGACGUAUGUGACGCCAUGAUCGAGGCCUCGGAGUCGGACAACAACCACUGUGGCGCCAUCCUCUCCAAGGUGAAUGGAACAACUCCCCGGCCUUUUUGAGGUCCACCCCCUGCACGCCCCCGGGCACCCCGCCCCCUGACGUCACAGCGGAGCUGACAGGGAAACUCUUACAGAAGAAAGAACAAGAGACGGGGAUAGAUAGAAGAGGCUCUCAGUCUGUACAGGACAACGUCGCCGCGGAGGUCGGUAUGGACACGCGCUCUCUCUCGCCGGCCGGGGUCAGUCAGAUGUUCCUGAACACCAGCCACACACGCGAGAGAGACGCGCCCAGCCGGCCCUCAGCCUCCAGCCACCCAGUUGUCAGAGACACACCCGCCAACCACCCGGUCGUCAGAGACACACCCGCCAGCCACCCAGUCGUCAGAGACACAGCCGCCAGCCACCCGGUCGUCAGAGACACACCCGCCAGCCACCCAGUCGUCAGAGACACAGCCGCCAGCCACCCGGUCGUCAGAGACACAGCCGCCAGCCACUCACCGCCCGUGGGAGCCACGUCCACACAGCCCAUCAUUUCAGACAUGUCGGAGGUCGACCAGGAGAGACGCGGCUGGCGGGAGAUGACCGGACGGUUCAGCGCGGAGACUCUACCCCUCGGCCACUGCAGCGACGAGAAGCGUUCCUGGUUGAGCCGGAGGCCGUCAGUACGUAGCACGCGGGCCGCGAGGUCUGAAGAACGCCAGAGGUCCGGGUUCGAACCCCGAGAAACGUCUCCGAUUGCGGGGAUGUCUACUCUCGGCGCCUCGCCUCCCAGUCGGGACAAGAGUCCGGACAGACAAACGUGUCGUGAGAAAAAGGGAGAGGUGGAGAGAGCGAAAGAAAAGAAGGCAGAGGCAGAAAAAGAAGGAGGAGAACAAGAGGUAGCUACAAAAGACGAGGCGUGUAACACUAGUCUGGCCUACAGUCUAGAGACCCCCGUUGACGGCCCGCCGGAGACGGUAGAAGACUCUGAGGAGGUGGCGAGACAGAGUACAUCCUCGCAGACCAAACGCCUCAGCGCCUCUCCUAAAAGACCAGUCAAGAGAACUAGCAAGUCGGUGGAUCAGAAAACAUCGAAAGGAGCGGGGAAAUCCUUCUUCAAAACGCCCUCCGCAGAGUCUAAAACCAAACCCAAAUAUGCGGAGAACUCGUUAAAGAGAAAAGCUUCCUCAGCGGACAUAAAAACUCAGCGGAGCGCAUCUCGGGAGAAGAAGAAGGAGAAGGAGCCGUCACCAGUCGUGACCCGCCCGAAGAGAUCUGUUAUUUCUAGCAGCGUCAAGAAAAAGAAGACAAAGGGCGGCAAGCCCAAGCACAACAAGACAGCCGGCACCUCCUGCAGCACGCCACCCGCCAGCCGGCACAGCCCCGUAGACGGCUACAGGACCUUCCAGCCCGAGGAGGAAAUGACCCCAUGGAAGGAUGGGCCCUCUGACGGAGAUGUCAAUCAGGACAGCGACGGCCUCAGCCUCUUGGCGCACACCAUCAAAAACCCGCGCAUCCUGCGCACCAGCCCUCUCUACGCCGCGGGCGUUACGCCCCAAGAGCCCCAGCCCUCCUCCUCCCCCGAUAUGCCCAACCAACAAGACGUGUUGAAGUCUGCGUCCCCCGGCUCGCUCAGCCGGCCCGUCCACAAGGCCACCUCCCCGAUGCCCCAGCAGGCGUGCGCUUCCUCUACCAGCUCUUCCUGCUCCUUCCAGUCUGUUGACGUCAAGAGGAGCCCCCGAACCGCUCCCUUCUCACUGCACAAAGAGACCCCGGCUCGAGCCAACAAAUCUCCGAAACGCGCGAGAGCGAGAGGGAAAGCAGACGGCCACAACGCGAUCACGGUGAACUCAGAGCUCAUCUCGAAACACAAGGACUGCACAGACGUCGUAGCGAAAUGUCACGUGACCCGAGGACACUCACCGCCGCGGAGACCAAUCAGCGGUAAGAAAAACAGUCCCGUGUCCUGCCGCUCGGACCGCUACCACCCCCACGAUAUCCUCUCCAAAUACCCACAACAACAGCGGUACUACCAGUCGCCAAAACGAACAAAGCGCCAAAUGGUAUCGCCACAGCAAUCUUCACAGCAACAACAACAGCAACAACAACAACAGCAGCGACAGCAAGCAGCCGAGAAAUCUCCCGUCGUCGUCACUCACACUCACGCCAAAACUCAGUCUCGCGCGUGCGGGGACCACGAAGAAGCGGACGACGAGGAAACGAACGACCGCCAGGGGACCACCCUUCAGGGCCGGAUCAGCUGCAUCACAGAGUCGGGCUCCUUCCACCGGCUCAAAGUCACCGUAAAGGACGGCCACACGUGCCCCAUGCUGCUGCACCGGCAGAGACUCCAGCAAAGCGGGGUGUCGGACGUGCACGAUAUGAGGCCCCGGUGCCAAGGGAUGGCGGAGUGGGUGCUGGAUAUCUCGCUGGUCGUCCUCGCCCUCUCCUGCACCUGCGUUCUCGUCUACGUCUACCAGAACCAGUGAUUGGUUGGUGUAGGCGUGACGUCAUGGUCGCCGACUGCUGUAGAGGCUGAGUUUAUCAAGACCGCCACCAAUACCACUACCACCAGCAGCGUCAUUAUCAUCAUCAUCAUCAUUAUCAUCAUCAUCUUCAUUAUCGUCAUCAUCAUCAUAUUAUGAUUGGUGACUAAUGUAGCUGAUUUUACCAAGACCACCAAUGCCUCCAGCAGCAGCAGUCAUCAUCAUCAGGAUCAUAAUCAUCAUCCUUAUGUGAUCGAUCGGCAACUGCAGAAGCUGAAUCUACCAAUAUCAUCACCAUCAUCAUCAUCAUCAUCCCCCUCCUCAUGUGAUUUGCAACUACAGAGGCAGAAUUUACCAAGAUCCCAUCUUGGGUCAAAGGGAUGCUCAACUGUUAGUAGACACGAGCGUUUCCCUAACCCCAACUAUCUAGGUCGUUCUAUGUUGCCGUCUAGCCUUGUUGCCAUUGAAUCUGGUGGUGUAGUCACGUGUGUUUGUUUCGGAAAUUAAUGUUUACAACACUUUCCCUCACUCUGCUCGUGGGUGGUUGGCGGGUGCUUUGGUGUGGUUUGCCCCUUCUUUCCUAUAAAAAAUCUAUCGUCUUUAUCCUU